GGAAUUCCCAGACAAUUUCUUGAAAGAUGGCGGGAAUAUGAAAAGAAGUGAAGACGAUGUAAACAAGAACACUUAAAAUUUGUAGUACUAAAUAUACUUUCUCUGCAACUUAGUGUGAAGCUAUGUCAGCUCAAGCUGCUGCACAAGCAGCCACUGUUCUGGAGGCAGAAGAUGAAACGUUCGGACCUUUGCCUAUUGUCAGACUAGAGGGGAAUGGUCUGACAGGCAGUGACAUUAAGAAACUCGAAGAAGCUGGAUUCUUCACAGUAGAAGCAGUUGCCUUCGUCCCUAAGAAAAUGUUGCUAUCAAUUAAGGGUAUCAGUGAGGCAAAAGCUGACAAACUGCUGGCUGAGGCAGCUAAACUUGUUCCCAUGGGUUUUACAACUGCUACUGAAUUCCAUCAAAAGAGAUCCGAAAUUAUUCAGGUGACCACAGGAUCCAAAGAACUUGAUAAACUUUUACAAGGUGGUGUGGAGACUGGGUCAAUCACAGAAGUAUUUGGUGAAUUCCGAACUGGCAAGACUCAGCUGUGUCACACGUUAGCAGUCACUUGUCAGCUGCCUAUUGACAUGGGUGGAGGUGAAGGGAAGGCCAUGUACAUUGACACAGAGGGAACAUUCCGUCCUGAGAGACUUCUAGCAGUUGCAGAGAGGUACUCCCUGUCUGGCAGUGAUGUUCUGGACAACGUGGCAUACGCCCGAGCCUAUAACAGUGACCACCAGUCCCAGCUCCUCAUCCAGGCAGCAGCAAUGAUGGCAGAGUCCAGGUAUGCAUUGCUUAUAGUCGAUAGUGCCACAGCAUUGUACAGGACUGAUUAUUCAGGCAGGGGAGAGUUAUCUGCCCGACAAAUGCACUUGGGCAGGUUCCUAAGAAUGCUGUUACGGCUAGCAGAUGAGUUUGGUGUGGCUGUUUUGAUCACAAACCAAGUGGUGGCACAAGUAGAUGGAGCGUCUAUGUUUGCAGCUGACCCAAAGAAACCUAUUGGCGGAAAUAUCAUUGCUCAUGCAUCAACAACUAGAUUAUACCUGAGGAAAGGUCGAGGAGAAACCAGAAUUUGUAAGAUCUACGACUCGCCAUGUCUCCCUGAAGCUGAGGCUAUGUUUGCCAUUAAUCCCGACGGAAUUGGAGAUGCCAAAGAUUGAUAUUUGUCUCACAAUAAUUCACUCUUAUUGAGAUUCGCAGACUGACCAAACACCAGUGUUGGAAGACACGAAUUUCAAAAGUUAAUAAAUUCUGACAAACUAUGCAAAAGAAUUUGACCAGUAUGUGAUUCUGGUUGACAACAUUCUCAUUAAAUGUGAUUAGCAACUCAAAGCAGUUUACAGAAAAUCACAUUUCCCCCAUGUCAAACCGUGUUGAUUUGUGUGCUACAUGUACAAGGGUGUGAGAGCUAUGCAGAAACACGUAAAUGCACUUUUCCAUUUCGUCU